AUGGCGCUUCGUCCAGCUACUUCCAACAUCUCCAUUGCCCUCGCUGGCAAGACGGCAUCCGUCGACAUCCCCAAAUCCCAUGAUACGCGUCGUCCUUACCCUGACAGGGCCGGUAUGGGCCCCCAGCAUCUUCAGUCGGCCAUGUUGCCCACGCCUCCCAGCUCCAUCUCUCCUUCCUUCCGCUCCCACGGCUUCAAGCAUCGCAUAAUGAACACUCCAGACUCUCCACCGUUCAUUUCCGAACACGUCGAGUCGGAUAUCGACCUUCACGACACCGUCGACCUCCAGAAACCCACCCACAGGUUGGUUCCUGACGCCUUGGAUUCUUUGGAUAAUGCCGAGGCGAUCACGCCAGCGAUGCUAGCGAAAUACCACCUUCCGGAUAUCAUGCUGAGCAACGGACCUCUGGCAAUACGUCAUAUCAUGGGCUAUCUGACUACCUCGCUUCCUGGGUUCUCUUCGAUUCCCCCGGCGAAAGCUCGACGUCUGGUCGUCGCAGCCCUGGAAGGCAAAGGUGGAAACGGAGAGACUGGAGGAAUACAUGGCGCCGUGGAGUUUGAAAAGGUUGGAUGGGGUCGAUGGGAUGCCAAACGGCGCGGACAGGAUCCCGUCAAACGACGUAUCCCUGGCGCCUCGUCGCCUUGCACCGAAUUUUCUCAUUCUCAUUCCCGUGGACUGUCCCGUGGCUCAGCUGGUCUGGCUAUGAAGGACGACCAAGACCAGUAUGGUUCAUCAUUUGCUGCAGACUCAGCCGUGUUCUCCCAUUCUGAAUGGGGAUACGGCGACAGAACGGACCACAGUAUGUUUGAUGAAGUGGAUAGAAUGUCUCUAGAUGGAGAUGACCGAGCGUAUUGCUCGUCGACGCAGGCUUCGGACGACGACUCUCUCAUGCAUGGCGACUGGGACGAGGCAGACGCCACGGACGAAGAAGAUUGGGAACAGAUUGGAGCUGCCGCCCUCAGAGCGAGAUUUUUGCCUAAUGGCUCUGAGGGCGGACAGAACUCAUAUAAUUAUUUUUCGAAAAGGUCGAAAGGAGGCUCCGGUGGAGGACCAGCGUGGUCGACGCUCACGAAAUCCCCACCGGGCCCAAUUCCUAUCCAGAAUCUUGACUUUUCUUACUCAGACGGCGUCGGCGGUAAUUUUGAGGAACGCGCUGCGGUCGAAGCGCUUUUGCAGAUGGGUUCCAUGUAA